UUUUGGAGCCCUGUCCACCGCCACCCCCCCCCCCCCUCCUGCGCGCCGGGCGCGCCUCGAUCCAGAUCCACCCAGCCAUCCCCUCCCCCGUCUCCGGCAGCCGCGCUCCUCACCCGCCUCCGGACGCCGCCGCCGACCCAUCCGGCUCCUUCUUCCUUUCUUCCGUCGGAUCCGAGUCGCGGCCAUGAAGCGCGUGUCGUCGCACGUCUCCAUGGCCUCGGAGGCGGAGAUCAACCUGGACCUGUCGCGGCUCAUCAUCGACAAGCCGCGGUUCACGCUGGAGCGGAAGAGGUCCUUCGACGAGCAGUCGUGGAGCGAGCUCUCCCACCGCCAGAACGACGGCUUCGACAGCGUGCUGCAGUCGCCGGCGUUCCCCUCAGGGGGGUUCGACUCGCCGUUCUCCAUGGGCACGCAUUUUGGCGGGGGCCCGCACCCGCUCGUCAACGAGGCCUGGGAGGCGCUCAGGAAGUCGGUUGUCUACUUCCGCGGCCAGCCCGUCGGGACGAUUGCCGCCACGGACCAUGCGUCCGAGGAAGUGCUCAAUUAUGAUCAGGUUUUUGUGAGGGAUUUCGUUCCGAGUGCAUUGGCUUUUCUAAUGAACAAUGAGACUGAUAUAGUGAAGAACUUCCUCUUGAAAACCCUUCACCUUCAGAGUUCAGAGAAAAUGGUAGAUCGGUUCAAGCUUGGAGCAGGAGCUAUGCCUGCAAGUUUCAAGGUGGACCGGAAUAAAAACAGAAAUACUGAAACCUUAGUUGCUGAUUUUGGUGAGAGCGCAAUUGGCAGGGUGGCACCAGUGGACUCUGGAUUUUGGUGGAUUAUUCUCCUUCGGGCUUACACAAAGUACACUGGAGAUGUUAGUUUGUCAGAAUCACCUGACUGCCAGAAAUGCAUGAGGUUGAUUCUGAAUCUAUGCUUAUCUGAAGGAUUUGACACUUUCCCUACUCUGCUUUGUACAGAUGGCUGCUCAAUGAUUGAUCGCCGAAUGGGUAUAUAUGGCUAUCCCAUUGAAAUCCAAGCCCUAUUCUAUAUGGCAUUAAGAUGUGCUCUCCAAAUGCUCAAGCCAGAGGGGGAAGGGAAGGAGUUCAUAGAGAAGAUAGGACAACGGCUACAUGCACUAACCUACCACAUGAGGAAUUACUUCUGGCUAGAUUUUCACCAGCUGAAUAACAUAUACAGAUAUAAAACAGAAGAGUAUUCCCACACAGCUGUGAACAAGUUUAAUGUCAUUCCAGAUUCCAUUCCUGAUUGGGUGUUUGAUUUCAUGCCAUGCCGAGGAGGCUAUUUUCUUGGUAACGUCAGCCCUGCUAUGAUGGACUUCCGGUGGUUUGCCCUUGGAAAUUGCAUUGCCAUUGUAUCAUCUCUAGCUACUCCAGAACAAUCAGUUGCUAUAAUGGAUCUGAUCGAGGAGCGGUGGGAUGAGCUAGUUGGUGAGAUGCCUCUGAAGAUAUGCUAUCCUGCUAUCGAGAAUCAUGAGUGGAGAAUUGUCACUGGCUGUGACCCCAAGAACACCCGAUGGAGUUACCACAAUGGAGGAUCAUGGCCAGUUCUCCUAUGGCUCCUGACAGCAGCCUGCAUCAAAACUGGUCGGCCACAGAUGGCAAAACGUGCGAUAGAGCUUGCCGAGUCGAGGCUGCUCAAGGACGGAUGGCCCGAGUACUACGACGGUAAGCUGGGAAGAUUCGUUGGUAAACAGGCGAGGAAGUUCCAAACCUGGUCCAUUGCCGGUUACCUCGUCGCCCGCAUGAUGCUGGAGGACCCGUCGACGCUCAUGAUGAUCUCCAUGGAGGAGGACCGGCCUGUAAAGCCGACGAUGCGACGGUCAGCAUCAUGGAAUGCCUAAAUGUGCUUGGGUAGUUGUUUCUGAUGGAAAAAAAUCAGACUCAAAGGUUAUACAGAUGAUUUGUGAUUUGUUCA